AUGGCCUCCGUGUGGUGCAUCAAAUAUGUAGGUGGCUGCUUGGCCACCAUGGUCACAUUGCCAUUGCAUCCCACCCAGCCCCCGUUGCCCGCCAACGCCAACGAUAGGGAACCCACCAGGGCCACCACCCGCUUGCCUGCCCUGCCAACUGCCACUGCUCAUGGCUCAUGUCAAGUCCCUACCUCCCCGAAUUACCAGGUACUUUCAGCCAUUUCCAUUUUAGCCUGCACCUGUAACUUGACGCCGCGCCUCCUGGUCUCCUGCCCGCCCGUCCCCCUCCUCCUCCAAUUUGCCUGCAUUGUUGCCCUGCCCUGCCUGAAGCCCAUCGAGGUCCCUGCCGCCGCUGUUGAGCAGGCUCCCAACGCCGUCCCUGAAACGGCUCCCGUUCUCGACGUUCCUGCUGCCACCGACGCUGCUGCGCCCCUCGCCGACGAGGCCAAGCCCGAGGAGCCUGUUGCUGCUGAGGAGACCAAGGAGGAGGUCAAGCCCGUCGAGGAGGGCCACCUUGGCUACAAGGCCCAUGGCCUGAGCUUCCCCAACAAAGAGUUCUUCUUCUUCAACUCCGAGGCCACUGAGGCCAAGGCCCUCGAGGCCUACAAGAAGGCCCAAAAGUCCGCUGAGGGUGCUCUUGACAACAUUUCUUGGGCUGCUCACACCGGCAAGGGUCUUCUCUUCUCCGGUGACAAGAAGGCUCCUCACAACGUCAUCAACCUGUCUCACGCCUCUGAGCCUGAGGUCGAGGGUAACAAGUUCCACUUCACCGCCAAGGGUAACAAGCACACCUUCAAGGCCGCUAACGCCGCUGAGCGUGACAACUGGGUUGCCCAGAUCAAGGCCAAGAUCGCUGAGGCCAAGGAGAUUGCCGCCUCUGUCACCGAAUCGGAGACCUACAAGAACACCCUCGAGUCUCUGAAGCCCGCUCCCAAGGAGGAGGCGAAGGCUGCUGAGCACGCUGACGAGUCUGCCGAGGUCGCCAAGGCUGACGAGGCCCCUAAGGAGGACGGUGAAGCUCCUAAGGAGGAGUCCAAGGUCGAGGAGCCCAAGCGCCGCUCUGCCAGCCGCAAGCGUGCUUCCUUCUUCGGUUUCGGCAAGAAGGACAUUCUGCCCAAGGAUGAGGUCAAGACUGAGGAAACCCCCGCCGAGGCCGCCGAGGAGACCGCCGCCCCUGCCGAGGUCACCGAUGCCACGGCUGAGGCUGCCAACCAGGAUGCCGAGGCCACCGAAGAGCCCACCGCCGAGGUUGUGAAGCCCACCGCCAAUAAGCGUAACAGCUUCUUUGGUGGUGUCUUCUCCAAGAAGGAGAAGAAGGCUGCUGAGCCCAAGGCUGCUGAGGCCACCGAGGCCGCUGCUGAGGAGACUGAGGGUGCUGCUGAGACUGCCCCUGUCAUCCCCCCUGUUGACACUACUACCCCUCUUGCUGAAGAGGUGAUCGCCGCUGAUCCCGUCGAGGCCGCUGCCCCCGAGACCAAGACCGAUGUCAAGGAGAAGCGCAAGUCUUCCCUCCCCUUCUUCGGCAAGCGUGACGCCUCUCCCACUACCGGCGAGGCCAAGACCGGCGCUUUCUCCAAGCUUCGUGCUACUAUCAAGGGCAAGGGCGCCGUCAAGGCUGAGGAGGCAAAGGAGGAGGCUGCCAAGGCCCAGGAGACUGCCACCGAUGCCAAGGACAAGACCGAGGAGACCGCUGCCGACAUCAAGGAGCAGGUCACCAACGCUGUUGAGGGUGAAGGCGAGAAGAAGACCGAGGCGACCCCUGUUGCCCCCGCUGUCACUGCCUCUGCUUAG